AUGAUCUUUCAACCGGUGAGUUUUCUGAACAUAACCAAUUUAAGUUGUCUGAACGGACCCUAUGAUAGCACCUUUACUUGCUUGCUGCUUGGCGUAUGGACGAACUUAAUUCUGUCCUAUGAGCUGAGCCAUAUAUGCACUUGCUUGCUGCUGCUGCAGUGCAUCGUGCUGCGUGCUGCAAGCGUCUGCAAAACUGAUAUCUCUGUGAAUAAAAUGUCGGAAGUAGCGGUGCAACAACCGCCGCCGAUAGAAAAUGAAGAUAAUGCUCCUUCGUCACAGCCGAUUGUGGGCAUUAUUUAUCCGCCGCCAGAAGUUAGGAAUAUUGUUGACAAAACUGCCAGCUUUGUGGCGAGGAAUGGGCCGGAGUUUGAGUCUAGAAUCAGACAAAAUGAGUUGGGCAAUCCCAAAUUCAAUUUUUUAAACUUCGGUGAUCCCUAUCACGCUUAUUAUCAGCACAAAGUGAAAGAGUUUAAAGAAGGUAAAGGCCAAGAGCCUAUGGUAGGUUCAAUUCCUCUGAAGGGUGUUAAUCUUACCGCACAUCAGAAGCAGCAGGAGAUUUUGAAACAAGUUGAACAACCAUUUGUGCCUAAGGAUCCACCAGCCGAGUUUGAAUUCAUAGCAGAUCCUCCGUCUAUAUCAGCUCUUGAUCUAGAUAUUGUCAAGCUAACAGCUCAAUUUGUUGCACGUAAUGGAAGACAAUUCUUGACAAAUCUAAUGAAUCGCGAGCAAAGAAAUUUCCAAUUUGACUUUUUGCGCCCUCAACAUUCCUUGUUUCAGUACUUCACUAAACUUUUAGAGCAAUAUACCAAGGUACUGAUUCCACCUAAGGAUUUACUGUCACGUCUUAGAGAUGAAGCUUCUAACAGGGACAAAAUCUUGGAGCAAGUAAAAUAUCGCGCUGAAUAUUUAAAAUAUCAAGAGGCACAGAGACGUAAAGAAGAAGAAGAAUUAGAAAGGGAGAGAGUUGCGUAUGCGCAGAUUGAUUGGCACGAUUUUGUUGUGGUCGAAACUGUGGAUUAUCAACAAUUUGAAGUCGGCAAUUUUCCAGCGCCAACCACACCGGACGAAGUUGGCGCGCGUGUUCUCAUGCAGGAACGUAUAGAGGAAGGUGAAGAUGUGGAAAUGCAAAUCGAUAGUGAUGCGGAAGAGGAAACACAAGCGCGUACGGAAGGCGAGAAAGAUCGUGCGAAAGACAACAAUCAAGUGGAAGAUAUGGAAGAAGAUUCUAGCGAGGAAGACGACGUAUCUCCACCGGGUGACACUCACAAAUCCAAAGAACUCAAACCGCGCGAAACUAAUAUGCAGCCUCCGCCAUUACCACCUACGCCAGGAAAUGUGGUGGUCAAGAAAGGAUACGAUCCGAAACUACACGUUAAUAAAACUGCUCGUCCUGUGGCUCCGGAUGAAUAUUUGAUCUCGCCGAUUACUGGCGAACGUAUACCUGCUAGUAAAGUGCAAGAACACAUGCGUAUCGGACUGUUGGAUCCGCGCUGGGUCGAACAGAGAGACAAGCAUCUGGACAAAUUGGCGCAGGAAACCGUAUUUGCACCGGGCACGGCGAUCGAAGCGAGUCUCAAACAGCUUGCCGAGAGACGUACCGAUAUAUUUGGUGUCGGUGACGAGGAAACCGCGAUCGGUAAGAAGAUCGGCGAGGAGGACAAGAAGAAGGAUGAUAAAGUCACUUGGGACGGUCACACCUCAAGUGUGGAAGCGGCUACGAGGGCUGCGCGCGCGAAUAUCACGCUGGAAGAACAGAUUCAUCAGAUACACAAGGUCAAGGGUCUUCUUCCCGACGAAGAGAAAGAGAAGAUCGGUCCGAAACCGGUGAAUCGUGCGACCGAACUUACUCAUAUGGCUGCCGCUGCUUCUAAACCGCAAGCUACUUUGAAAGCACCUCCGAAACCUCCCGCGCCGAAGCCUAUACCGGUGCCCACUCAACCGCCUCCACCGCCAGCCAUGAGUAUGCCUGCCCCCAUGGGCAUACCCCAGCCGAUGAUGCCGCAGGCGCCGAUGAUGAUGAUGCCUAUGCCACCUAUGUCGGCCAGACCGCCACCUUUGAUGACGCCAGCAAUGUCACCGUUCAUGCCGACACCACCUCCGAUACAGCCACCGAUGCCACCCGCUGGAAUGUUCUUCAAGGAUAGUAACACCCUCGCGUAUUAUAAUUUAACUUCGGGCAAUGUUAUCAAUCUGUUGCCGAAAGAAAGAGGUGGUAGGAAAAAGCAUACAGAAGUCAUUAAACUACUUUUAACAAACGGUUGUAAAGUUAACAGCUACACUAACAAAUCUUAUAAUACUCCACUUCAUUUUGCUGUUAUAAUAGGUGACAUAGAAAUUGUUAAGAUGCUGUUGGACAGAGGUGAUACACCACUGUGGUUUGCUGUUUACCAAGGACAUGUAGAUACUGUUAAGAUGCUGUUAGACAGAGGUGCUAACAUUAAUACUAUAUCAUAUAAAAAUUAUCGUCGCUUUUAUGAAAGCUUCUAUUGUGAACAAAUUGCUGAGAUUCUUAAGCAGCAUAUAGUUAAGAUGAAAACUGCAAAGUUAUACGUAAGUGAACACUUAUCAAUGAGGUGUAAUUACGAAAACAUGAAGGAUUUACAGGAUAAAUGUGAAAAAGAAGUAGCUAUCAUGAAGAAUGAGAAAAUUAGUAAUAUUAACAUAUCAUUUUACGAUAUCUUGAUAAAAGAUACAACUCGAUUAGCAAUAUACAUGAGAAAUGUAAAUGUAGUGCAGGUUUUAAGAUCAGACGAAUUAAGAUUGAGAUUGGAUUACAAUUUGGCCAAUCAGAGCGAAGAUCACUAA